CCAUGUGAUGCUCCGGCUCGGGCUGGGAGCUGGCACAGCCUGCGGGAGCCGAACGGUGCCGGGCACCGGGGACCGAGCGCAGCGCCCCGAGCAUCCCCCGGCGCCCCCAGCAUGUUCCCAGCCUUACCCUGCGGGUGAGGGGCUCCUGCUGCCCCCCCGAAACGAGCCCUCGGCGUGCGGGGCAAGGUGACAGAGGGACCCCGGAGUGAGCGAGGAGGGGACCGGAGCAUCAUGGCACAGCCUGUCUCGGCCUUCCAGGCUGCCUACAUCUCCAUCGAAGUCCUCAUCGCUUUGGUGUCCGUGCCGGGGAAUAUCCUGGUCAUCUGGGCUGUGAAGAUGAACCAGGCGCUGCGGGAUGCCACCUUCUGCUUCAUCGUCUCCCUGGCAGUGGCCGACGUGGCUGUGGGGGCUCUGGUCAUCCCACUGGCCAUCAUCAUCAACAUCGGACCCCAGACGGAGUUUUACAGCUGCCUCAUGGUAGCCUGUCCCGUCCUCAUCCUCACCGAGAGCUCCAUCCUGGCACUCCUGGCCAUUGCCGUGGAUCGGUACCUGCGGGUGAAGAUCCCAGUCAGGUAUAAGAGCGUGGUGACACCCCGGCGGGCAGCAGUGGCCAUCGCUUGCUGUUGGAUCGUCUCCUUUCUGGUGGGACUCACUCCUAUGUUUGGCUGGAACAAUCUGAACAAGAUGAGGAGGACUCAGGAGCUGAACGCCAGCCACUCGGAGUUUGUCAUCAAGUGCCAGUUUGAGACUGUCAUCAGCAUGGAGUACAUGGUGUACUUCAACUUCUUUGUUUGGGUUCUGCCUCCUCUGUUGCUGAUGCUGCUCAUCUACCUGGAAGUCUUCAACCUCAUCCGCAAGCAACUCAACAAGAAGGUCUCCUCCAGCUCCAACGACCCCCAGAAGUAUUAUGGGAAGGAGCUGAAGAUCGCCAAGUCAUUAGCGCUGGUUCUCUUCCUCUUCGCGCUCAGCUGGCUCCCUCUGCACGUCCUCAACUGCAUCACCUUGUUCUGCCCAUCCUGUGAGACGCCGCACAUCCUCACCUACAUCGCAAUCUUCCUCACCCAUGGCAACUCAGCCAUGAACCCCAUUGUCUAUGCCUUCAGGAUCAAGAAGUUCCGGACAGCUUUCCUGCAGAUCUGGAACCAGUACUUCUGCUGCAAAACCAACAAAAACGCCAGCACCACCACAGAUGAGCCAGGCCCUUAGGAGCUGUGAGAGCAGAGCGGGGUCCUCCAUCCCAGCCUGGUCCUGCUGCCACGGGAAGGGCUGGUGAGGACCCAGGAGAGCUGGGUUCACCAGCCCUGUGCGACCUGAACAGCCGUGUCCCCCAGCUGCCGCGGAGGGGUUAUUUAUUCACAAGCAUUGUACUGUUUUGAAAUUGUAGCCUGCACUGUUCCUUUCC